GAGUUCCAACGCGUGACCGCGCGUUCGGGCACGCAGAACUCGUCGUGUGAGCGCGCACGUACAGCGUCUAGCACCACGUCCAGUCCAUUCUGUUGUGGCGAUCAGCACAGGACAGCUCUGACUCCACCUUCACGCUGAGAGGCAGGUGUGUGUGUGUGUGAGUGUGAGACCAAUAGCACAGCUUCCUCAGCAGCAGCUCGGACUACUCCAGCAGCAUCUGGGUUGAUUGUAUUUUAUUUCAAAUACAGUUUUUUUUUUAAGACAAAACACCGCCAUUAUGUUGUGGACGGCGAGUCAAGUCUUAAGGAGCUUCUCCACAUCGUCCGUUGUCCAUGAACCCUACCAAGAGGUCAGAUCGCAUGUAGCUACUGAUGAUGUGACAGCUAACGGUGGAGGGGGUCAAACUAAUAAAGCACAGAGGGGUAACGCUACUCUGCGUGUUCCUGCAUGGCUACCUGCUGUGCACCUGAGACUACCUCUACCUGAAAAGACCACAUGCAGACCUGUGCCACUUGUAAAUUGCUACGGCCUUUGGGGAAUGAGCCUGUGAUCACUGGACCUACUGUAUACUACUGAUGGAUUUCAUUUGUUUUAUCACCUGUUGGGUGUAUUCACCAUCUUUCAUGCAUUAUUACCAGAAUAAGAUAAAACUAGCUAUAAUUGGCCAGAGCCUGUUUGGCCAGGAGGUGUACAGUAACCUGAGGAACCAGGGUCACAAGGUGGUGGGUGUGUUCACAGUCCCUGACAAGGAUGGCAAGGCUGACCCCUUAGCGGUGGCGGCAGAGAAAGACGGGACCCCAGUGUUCAAGUUCCCACGAUGGCGGGUCAAGGGGAAGCCCAUCCCAGAAGUGGUGGAGGCCUACAAAGCAGUGGGCGCUGAGCUCAACGUCUUGCCCUUCUGCUCCCAGUUUAUUCCCAUGAACAUCAUCGACCACCCCAAGCAUGGCUCCAUUAUCUACCACCCUUCCAUUCUGCCCCGGCACAGAGGAGCCUCGGCCAUUAACUGGACUCUGAUCCAUGGUGAUAAGAAAGCUGGCUUCACAGUCUUCUGGGCUGAUGAUGGACUGGACACCGGACCAAUCCUGCUGCAGAGGGAGUGUGCUGUUGAACCCAGUGACACCGUGGACACACUCUACAACCGUUUUCUCUUCCCAGAGGGCAUCAAGGCCAUGGUGGAGUCAGUGCAGCUCAUCGCUGAUGGAAAGGCCCCGCGAGUUCCCCAGACAGAGGAAGGAGCCAGCUAUGAAGGCAUUCAGAAGAAGUCUAACUCCAAGGUCAAUCUGGCCCAACCGGCUGAAGCUAUCCACAACUGGAUCCGUGGCCAUGACAAAGUCCCAGGUGCCUGGACUGUCAUUGAUGGUCAGUCUGUGACCCUGUAUGGUUCAUCCAUGUUAGGGGGGUCUGUACCAGAUGGUCAAGUACUGGAGAUUGAGGGGGCAUCCCAGCCCGGCCUGGUCACCAAGAAUGGGCUUGUUCUGUACGGAACUGAUGGGAAAGCUCUCCUGGUGAAAAGCCUGCAGUUUGAAGAUGGGAAGAUGAUCCCUGCUUCCAAAUACUUCUCUUCUGGAGAAACCUCCAGUGUGGAACUGACAGAUGAUGAGAAGAAGAUGGCCAAGGAAAUCAGGAACAUAUGGAAGGGGAUCCUCAGCAAUGUCCCAGUCAUUGAGGACACCACAGACUUCUUCAAGUCUGGAGCUGCAUCCAUGGAUGUAGUCAGGCUGGUGGAAGAAGUGAAGCAGAAGUGUGCCGAUGUGCAGCUGCAGAAUGAGGAUGUGUACAUGGCCACCACCUUCCAGGACUUUAUCCAAUUGUUUGUCCGCAAGCUGAGAGGAGAGGACCAGGAGGAGGAGUUGGUCAUUGACUAUGCAACUAAGGAAGUGAACAAUAUGACAGUGAAAAUGCCAUACCAGUGUUUUAUCAAUGGCAAGUUUGAGGAUGCAGAAAAUGGCAAGACCUAUGACACCAUCAAUCCUACUGACGGAUCUGUGAUCUGUAAAGUGUCCUAUGCCUCAGUGGGGGAUGUGGACCAGGCAGUAGCAGCUGCCAAAGAAGCUUACGACAAUGGCCCCUGGGGCAGGAUGAACCCUAGAGACAGAGGAAGUCUGCUAUACAGGCUUGCAGACCUGAUGGAGGAACACCAGGAGGAGCUGGCCACCAUCGAGUCCGUUGACUCUGGGGCGGUAUACACACUAGCCCUCAAGACCCACGUAGGCAUGUCCAUCCAAACCUUCCGCUACUUUGCUGGCUGGUGUGACAAGAUCCAGGGUAAGACGAUCCCGAUCAACCAGGCCAGGCCCAACCGCAAUCUGACCUUCACAAAGAAAGAACCUUUGGGUGUGUGUGCUAUAGUCAUCCCAUGGAACUACCCUCUCAUGAUGUUGGCAUGGAAGAGUGCUGCCUGCCUCGCGGCUGGAAACACACUUGUGCUUAAACCAGCCCAGGUCACUCCAUUGACAGCCCUGAAGUUUGCUGAACUUUCAGUGAAAGCUGGUAUUCCAAAAGGAGUCAUCAACAUUUUGCCAGGUUCAGGUGGCGUGGUGGGACAACGUCUGUCCGAACACCCUGACAUCCGCAAGCUGGGCUUCACCGGCUCCACGCCUAUUGGCAAACAGAUAAUGAAGAGCUGUGCACUCAGUAACCUGAAGAAAGUUUCUCUGGAGCUUGGAGGGAAGUCGCCUCUCAUCAUCUUCAGUGACUGUGACAUGGACAAGGCUGUUCGCAUGGGCAUGAGCUCUGUGUAUUUCAACAAAGGUGAGAACUGCAUUGCUGCUGGCCGUCUUUUUGUGGAGGAGUCUAUACAUGAUGAGUUCAUCAGCCGAGUGGUGGAGGAGAUCAAGAAGAUGAAGAUCGGAGACCCUCUGGAUCGCUCCACGGACCAUGGCCCACAAAACCACAAAGCCCACCUGGACAAGCUGCUGGAGUACUGCGCCAUUGGAGUCAAGGAGGGGGCCACACUGGUGUAUGGAGGCAGACAGGUAGACAGGCCAGGUUAUUUCAUGGAGCCUACUGUGUUCACUGAUGUGGAGGACCACAUGUUCAUUGCCAAAGAGGAGUCCUUUGGCCCCGUCAUGGUGGUGUCAAAAUUCAAAGAUGGCGACGUGGAAGGCGUGCUGCAGAGAGCCAAUGACACAGAGUAUGGCCUAGCCUCGGGUGUGUUCACUCGCGACAUCACCAAGGCUAUGUACGUAAGCGAGCGGCUAGAGGCUGGAACAGUAUUCGUCAACACCUACAAUAAAACAGAUGUGGCUUCACCGUUUGGAGGCUUCAAGCAAUCUGGCUUCGGCAAAGACCUUGGAGAGGAUGCUCUCAUGGAAUACCUCAAGACCAAAGCAGUGACUGUGGAAUACUGAGGCACAGACAGACUCUGACCCACAUCAGACACAUGUUCAGCUUCAUUCAGACUUGCCUCUAGACGGUGUGAGUUUGUGUGAAAGGAGAAUGUGGUUAUUCAUCUAAGCCACAGUUUCUUAGCUUUCAGAAAUUCACGUCAUUCACCAUGGACAUGACCCCAAGGUGGACAUUGCUUCCACUAAUGGGAGCCAAGCUGGUUAUGACUGUGUUUUCAAUGUUUCACUUCCUAAAAGUGUGUUUUACAUUAAAACACAGACUUCCACCUGAAGCCUGUUUCCCCAUUAUUAUCAAUCCCAUCAAACAAUUAUUUUCUCCAUCACCUUACCACUCCUUUAAUAUCUCUUUGUUUACUCUUUGGGCUGGUGUGUACCAUGGCAGAAAAUAGGCAAAGUUGUUAGUUCAUGGAUAAAUUGAUCUAUACAUGUAUGUCAUUAUUAGAGUAUCAAGUGCUCUGGCAAAUUACGUCUCUGUAACAGAUAAAACAAAAAGUACCACAAUACUGAAGCUAUUGAUAUUGGAUAUAACUGAUCAUCCAUUAUGGGAAAACAAGGUUCAGGUUACAUUUGAAUGCAUAACUCAGAGAAGUGUUGACUGUGUUUAAAAUAAUAUUAAGUCAAGGGCGGAUUACUAGCUUUUUACAAAGCUUUCAACCCAUCACCAGAUUGAUGAUGGGGUGGUCAAAAAAGGUUUGGUAAAAAGCCAGUAAGUGAACUCUGAGUUAAAGCUCCUUUGCAAAAAGUAGUGGGUUUAGUGUAGUCAAAACAAACUGACACCAUAAGCUGGUCCUAACCACUCUUUUCCUCUCCCAUCAUGUCCUGUUUCCUUGCAACGAUGUAAACUAUGAAGACCUGAUUGCAACAAACUGUACAAAAUGCAUCAUCCAGUAUUGAGCUGCUGUAGCCUUAUGGUGCCGGAUUAAUGACUUUAGACUUUGGCACUGAAAAAUAAAGCUUGGCAUUGAAAACAAAACUAACUGUCGAAACAAAAGCCAACUUCAGCGUUGUAUGGCUUCCCCAAGUUCAACAACAGUAUGCUCAGCAGACAGAAGCCUGGAUGCAGACAGCAGCUCAGGGGAGAGGGCUGUCCUCUCCUCAUGGAUCUCAACCAGAGUAUGCAAAUCACACUGUCCUUAGUCCUGCCCCUCAAAAUCCUCCCCUACAUGCCAAAAAAAAACUUUGGCAUUGAAAAACACUGACAUUGACCAAAGAUCACAAGACUGUCACUGAAAAAAAGAACUUUGGCAUUAAACAAGACUUAUGUUAACAAAAAAAUCAGAAAAAUGUCAUUUUUCCAGUAUUAAUACAUUUUUAAGGUCACUGGUCAUUUUUGUUAGUGCAAAUGCUUCAGUGCCAAAGUUUUGUUUUUCUCAGUUAUGGUUUUUAUUUCUGUGCCAGGCUUUAUUUUUCAGUGCCAAAGACUGAAGUCAUUGAUCUGAUGAUAUAUAGCCUUAGUUGAUUCACAAGUUACCCUUCUCACUCUCUACAAGAUACUACGUCCUGUGCCAUUAUAACUUGAUAUAUCUGUAAAAUUUUAGCUAAUGCAAGUUUAAAGGAAUUUAAUACCAGACUGAAAAGCAGUGUUUUAAUGUCCCCUCUGGUUGCAAGUUUCAUGCCUGUACACCUGCAGCUGUAACAUCAUGUAACUAUUUUAUGGGUUAAGGUAAAAUUUUCACACUUGCAAAAAAAAUGAUGAUUAUUAUAUUGUUUUUAAAUUGAAGAGAUGAAGUAUUCAGCAAUGACAAAGAAUAUUCAAGAUUUGGCUGCUUUAUAGCAUCACAGUCACAAACCGUUGCAUGAGACUCUCAGAUUUCAGAUGUCCAAGUUUCUUUCAGUGCUGUGACAAAGUGUUUUCCAAGCAGUUACUGCUCACAGUUUAGCAUUACCAUGUGGUCACAAUGCAAAUUUAACAAAAAAGCAAACUGUUAAUUGUUCCAGAUUGACUGUCUCUUGCAUGUUUCAUCUUUAUGUCUAGCUGAACUUGAAAUUGUAACUUAGGGUUUUAUGAAAGUCUUAUUUUUCAUUCAAAAAAGCAUGCACAGACAAGUGCAUCUGUAUAGUUGUACAACACUGGGAGUAUUUGUCACUACAAGUUAUUGUGAGCCAUUUUUAUUUUAUCUCAGUCACAAUUUCAAUGUUAAACUCCUUGAAGCUGUUUUUUGUAAAUAUUUUUAGCAAGAGGUAAAAAGGUUGAUCUGAUAUAUUUUUGACAUUGUAUUUGUCAGACAUAGGACGACUAUUGCUGCAUUUCCACUAUCGGAACCUAACAAGCGGUAAGCCCAGUACUUCGCCCUGCAUAACCUCCUGGUUUAACAGGGACUGUCUUGCUUUUUUUUUUCCCACUUUAUUUUUUCUAUCAGUCUCUGUUUAGAGGAGGGAGGGGCUGCUCCCCUCU